AUGUGCAUUCCUCUUGAACCCACAGAUGCCGGUUUGCGUGCGACUCAAGUCACAUCGGUCUUGCCAUCCGGGGCGGCAGCUCAGGCUGGUCUCGAACCCGGUCAGAUUAUUGUGUCAAUCGGCGAUACAUCCGUGGACGGUCUGACCGUGCAUCAAAUUCAAUCCCUCAUCGACGAGACCACAGCAAGAUUGGGUGAAGUGGCUCUGUACGUGUCGAGUCGGGAUGAUGUAACUUAUCCACCUCGGAGUGUACAUACGGGCAAUGCACCCGCGAUCGAGGAAUUCCAACCUAGUUUCGAAUCCUUCCAGCGGAGUACCGAUCGCGAUACCUUCGUCUCUGUGGCUAACCCUAUCCCCAGCCCUCCUGACACGGCAGGUUCAGAGAUCAAUCUACGAUUAGUGCGGAAAGAAGCAUACCGAUCGGGUCCUUCUGCAGACGAUGGACUGUUUCCAUUUUCUGUCAACCGACCAUUUGCUCCAGAAUCCAAUCGGACGGAUACACAUUAUGAGCACAGAGACUUGUUACCCGCAAACCCUGCUAGCACUCCUACCCCUCAGAUCAAUUUUAAACCCCGACACACCAAUAUCCGUUCCACUGCGCGCAUAACUGCGUCACAAGCCCUAUAUGGCUCAACUCAGCCACAGUUAGGUGCUGUGGCUAGUUUGGCCAUCGAUGGUGGUCUUAGUCCAGAUCAACUACUGCACAUUGGCUGCUCCGGUCCAGAUCCUCCCCAUCGUUCUCCGCCCGGCACCUCUAUUCCCCCAUCCGUUAUGCCAGAAGAUGAGUCUUCGGUUAGUCCGAAUCGUGCAACUGGAUCCACCGCAUUUUACGCGCGCCACUCACGUCCCACUUAUGCAGCGCAUCAACCCAUACUUCUCAAUCGAUCCGGUCAAAGCGGAGUUGGGUGUGGUUCCACGUUCCGUGGGCCCUCACGUGCUCACAUUCGCAUUCCAGUUUGGUCCAGCAGUUCUCGGGGUUACUAUCCUCAUCCACAUCACCAUCCACCGUUCCACUUGAGCACUACAACCACAGCCACCUCAAUUGGAGCACGUCGGGGAUCAUUUCCAUUACAAAUGACCCGAGUCGGAGGUCUGGUUUUGGACACUAGGGAUGGGACGCACGUACCAAACACACAGGCCCAAACUGAGUUAGGAUCCUCGGGAACCUACCAAUCUCUGUCUGCGUGUACAUCGCCGACCAGUGUGAAACACCCGAGCGACUCUUCUUCCUCACCACGAGGUACUGCUUUUUUCUCCUCGUCCAGUGUACCUAGUCCGGCGAAUACUCCACCUUUACCUUCAGUCACGAGUACAUCAGUAACCGCUCCCACCAGUUGUGUGGAUAUUGUCCGUUUGGGACCUGGAGAUACAGUUACACAUGCCUUAUCAGGUGAAUCGCGCUACACUGCGCAUAGUCUGAUUCGUAUGCACUAUUGCCCACAGCCAUACGUCAGUUUAGGACCGGUUGAUGACAGUCGUGUGACAGUGCCAAUCUGUACUACACCACCAUGGUUCUCGUCGGACGGUAGCUCUGGGAGUGGUGGGCCGGUUUCGGUUACAGCUGGUCAGGUACCCAUGGUACCCGGCAGUCAAGUCUUUUCCUGGACUUCUUUCACUCCUGCUUUAUCACAACCGAGCGAAAAAUCCCCUAUCCAGCAUUCCUCUACCUCAUCUGCGGUACUUGGCGAACAAUUCACUGUGAUUUCGGACUCCCGACUAACCAAUCCUGAUCCCUCCUUACAUCCCCAAGCAUUGGCUCCACAAAAUGCGUUGGCACAGACGACAGCUCAAGUGACCGGUCGACCAUCAGGGUUCACAUCUCCCACUGGACCACAAGUCGCACGCACAGUACGACACUUGAGACGGAUACGGCACAUAUUCGGAGAUUCUCUUGGCUAUGUGAGUUCAGCCACCUCAGCCUCAAUGGGCGCGCUCGCUGUGGCGGAGAAAAAUUGUGCCUCCACAAACAGUCUGGUUGAAUUGCGACCGCAUGGCAGUCGAUCGGUGGAAUCGGUCCGACCGGCCAGUCUCGUGUACAAAUGCCCGGAACCAGAUUGUCUUCUAGAGGCCGAAUUGAGCGGCGAUCGGGGCUCCGGUGCCUUGUUAUUACUUUCGUCCGCUGUUCCGGGUCCGACUAUGCAGCAGCAUCAACCACAUCAAGUGAUGAUCCGAUUCGAACAACUUCCUGCACAGUAUCAAAACUGCAAAUGUCCAACAGUCUGGGAACGAUAUUAUGCCUCAUUCAUGGAUGACACCUUACGACUCACGCGCCUGGUUCCUCAUGGUCAAACAGAUGAGUGUGACUCUCCACCGGCUCAUUUGCAUCUGAACCUGAUCGAGAGUAGUCUGACUUGGCACUCUCCCUCGGAUCUUUCUGAUUUGGAUUUGCCCAGUGGUACUCGCUGGGCCACUGGGGAUUCCGUCAUCGGGUUCUUACGGAUUCCAGCUAGUCGCAUACAAUGUCAACUCUAUUUCUUGCAUCGACAACUUGCUUCCGGUCUGCUGGGGCAGUGGGGGCCGAUUUCGCUGGCAGCAGUCACCACCACUAGUUCGGUGAUUAGUUCUGAUCAGAAUCUGGCCGGGUUGGGAUACACACAAACAAUAUCGGAAUCCGGUGUCAGUCAGCAGUUCGUUCAGUCAUGUACCACACGUCCGGCAUCGAGAGGCAAGCAUGCCACUGGACGUUCUUCCAGUCUAGGACUGGCCGGACCUCCAGGGGGUGUUCCUCUUCUUCGUGCUGUUGGUACUGCAGCGGCCUCUGUCGGUAUGCCUUUAGUCGGACGAUCAAGCUUGACCUCAUGGCUCCAUCCAAGCGGCCAGAAGACAACCGGAGAACCGGUUGUCGAUUCAGUUAAUGGUGACGUAACCAAAGGUAAUAACUUUUAUGGGAUCCUAUCUCAUUCUGACUUUCCCUUUCCCAUUGAGUUUUUUGAAGACUGUUUGCCUGGAUUUUUAUGA